UCAUGUUACAGGUUAAUCAGGAUUUUUAACAGUCUCCAGCGCGUAGGCCUAGGCCUAGUCCUAGUUGUGUUAGCCGUUGUGUUGAUUGAAAGUUGUGUAAAACUCCACAAAAACAUGACAACACUUGUGGUAGGACGUUAUAGACAAGCUUGGAGGAAAGGUAUUAUUCCUUGGUUAAGGCUUGCAUGGGAUCGUGAACCUGUCAUUGUUAUGUCAUUUGCCUUUGGCCUUGCAGGUCCUGUUGUAUGGCUUUUGUCACCGUGGAAGUAUGAGGCAGCCGAAUCAAUUAAAAGUAUGCCCACAAAAUAUCCAGUUCCUAUCCGUUACGUUGAAGGAAAAACAGGACCUCCGACAUCACUCUGACAGUGAAUUUGCUGGUACCAAUCAAUAUUUAGAGAUUGAUUACCUAAGCAUGGACUAUAGUAGUUAUAUAUAGUACACAUAAAGCAUACAAAAGUUUAGUGUACAUAUAUGAAAAACAGCAUUUCAAUGGAAUGUUAAAAUGCAGUGUACCAGCCGUCAAUGCCUGUGUAAACAAAAUUCUUGAAGGGUUAUCGUAAGGUUUCGAACUCUGACAAUCA